AUGGGGAAACGCAGUCAAAUCACCGAAGCUACCGAGCCUCGGCCGUCCAAAAAAUCCAAGUCAGACAAAUUAAACAAGCGCAAAGCCAAGCAAGAUGAAGACGACAAUGAAAUUUCUUCGGCAGGAAAAAGCAGGUACUUCGAAGCUCCUGCCCUCAGCAACCUCCCGCAAUCUCAAAUCGAUCUGUUUCUUGAGGAAAAAAUCAUCAAGUUUACCGAUCCUACUGCCGAUGGCACGGCCCUUCGCCCACUCAUCUCGUUUGACUACUUACCAGCUUGCGACGGUGACUUGUAUAGUCCGCUGAAAGCUUUUUCGAGCCCAACGCCCAUCCAGGCUGCUACCUGGCCCCUUCUUUUCGCAGGCCGUGAUGUUAUUGGUAUCGCAGAGACUGGUAGCGGCAAAACUUUGGGUUUUGGUUUGCCUUGCUUGAAGGGUUUAAUGGACUCGAAGCGAAGCAGGAAGCCAUACCACCCAGCAGCCGUAAUCAUAUCACCAACCCGAGAGCUUGCAAUGCAGAUCUAUGACCAGCUCCAAAAAUUUGCGGAGGUCGCUAAGGCGGGCGUAACAUGUAUCUAUGGCGGUGUGGGGAAGGAUGCACAACGCGAGGCCCUGAAAACAGCAGCCAUUGUGGUUGCCACCCCAGGCCGUUUGAAGGACCUUCAGAAUGACGGUUCUGUCAACCUUGGGAAGGUCAAGUAUUUGGUUCUGGACGAGGCUGAUCGCAUGCUUGAUAAGGGGUUUGAACAAGAUAUCAAGGAUAUAAUUCAGCCUAUGCCCGUUUCUAGACGACAGACCGUUAUGUUCACUGCUACCUGGCCUCGGUCUGUCCGCGAUCUGGCACAAGGCUUUAUGAAAACACCGGUGACUCAAGAAGUCGAGGUUGUGGAUCCCAGGGACAAGGAGGGUCGACUCAUCCAGCUCCUCAAUCGUUCCCAGAGAGGACAUAAAAACCCUGAGAAGGUUCUGGUCUUCUGCCUGUACAAGAAAGAGGCCAUGCGAAUUGAGAGACUCAUCAAAACCAAGGGGUUCAAGGUCGCGGGGAUCCACGGUGAUUUGAACCAAUCUGAUCGAUUUCGAAACCUUGAAGCCUUUAAAACGGGCAAUGCUACCGUCCUUGUGGCCACCGACGUGGCUGCACGGGGAUUAGACAUUCCUGCCGUCAAGUUGGUCAUCAAUGUUACAUUUCCUCUCACUGUUGAGGACUAUGUCCAUCGCAUUGGACGAACAGGCCGUGCUGGAGCGGAGGGGCAUGCCAUUACCUUAUUUACUGAGCAAGAUAAGGGCCUAGCAGGCGGACUGGUCAAUGUUCUCAAGGCUGCCAAGCAAGAUGUCCCAGAGUCCUUGUUGAAGUUCGGCACUACGGUCAAGAAGAAGCAACACGAUGCAUACGGUGCAUUCUUCAAAGAUGUCGACACUGAAAAAAAAGCAACCAAGAUUGUGUUUGAUGAUUAG